AUGCUCGCCCGAUCCGCCCUCCGUGCCCUCCCAAGGGCAAAAACCACUCCUUCCAUCCUCCUCCGUCGCAAUUACUCCGCCCACUUCGACUCCCCCUCCGGUGGUCCCCGAACCGAUGCCACCCCAGGUGUCGCCGGCGAAGCAAUCCCAACAUGGCUAUACAUCUCCACAGGCGUCAUGUUCACCCUCUACGUUACCUACGCCUACGUCAGCCCGACCGAUGACUCGUCGUUAACGCGGUAUUUGUCGGUUGAUAGCCCGCUGCGACAGGCGCAGGAUGAGAUCUCGAAUAGACAUACGACGUUUGUAGAACAGGCUGCGAAGGAUAGACAUUUGUUCGCGGGUGCUGAGAAGACUGAUGGGGUUAUGCCGAUGUGGUUUCCUGAACGUCUUAAUGCUUACAGUCCGUAUAACCACUCUGUGGGUCAUACCAGAGGUGUUUUGAUGGAUCAAUUGGUGGAGCAUUAUAAGAAGGAGAAUCCUCCAAAAUAG